AUGAAGAAGCUUUACCCGAAUACAACGUCACGCCUUAAAGGAAGCCAAAAAUGCCCCGAUCGCCGCGUUUUUGUUCUUGUCGAUGCUUGUCUACGCUUGAUGCUAACGACUUUGAAUACGCGACACGAUCACAACCAUCAUUAUCAAACUGCUAAGCGUCAGCAACUCUCUAUCUUUCUCAGCUCCUGGUCGCCAACAACACACCUACAUUUGACCUAA